AUGGCAGGACGGUACCGCGACGAAAGCCCGGGCGGGAAUUGGGACGGAGAUCUGCAGAAUCAGGACGACUAUUACCACCUAACCGACAGCAAUCUUCCCCCUCCCCACCGCCUAUCCGGCGCAGACGAUCCUUACGCUUCCUUCAACCACAGCAGCAGCGCUGUGCACCAAAUCAUAACCCCCGACCCCGUCCUGCCAUUGAAUAACCCUUCCGCAUCCGCCAUGAACAACAACGGCACGUACAGCAACCUCGACUCCCCUUAUAGCAACGCUGCCUACAGCAGCAGCCAAUGGUUGGAGAAGCAGCAGGCCAGCAGUCGCCGCUCCAAGUACAUCGUCAUCGGUUCCCUCGUCACGCUCCUCAUCCUCAUCGGUGUCGGCGUGGGUGUUGGUGUCGGCGUCUCUAAGAGCAAUAGCAGCAAGCACUCCUCGAGUAACUCCGCGUCGGGCGGUGUCGUCAACCAGACGAACCCGAACGACCCCAGCACGUUCGUUCCUGACUCGAACCUGCGCCAUGUCUUUUAUGGUCUUUCGUAUACCCCUACGGGUUCGCAGCUCCCCGACUGCGGGAACUCGCUCGCGGAUGUUAUUGAAGAUAUCCAGUUGAUGUCCCAGCUUACCUCGCGUAUUCAUCUAUACGGUGCAGACUGCAACCAAACCGCUCUUGUCCUGGAGGCGAUCCGCCAGACGAAAACGAACAUGAGCGUCUAUGUCGCAGACUACAACGUUCCGACAAACUCGACGCCGUACGAGCAGCAGCGUGACUACAUCAUCGAGGCGCUCAAGACAUACGGCACAGACAACAUCCUCGGUGUUCUCGUCGGCAACGAGUUCAUUCUCGACUACCUCGGUGCGAAUGGUGGUACGAGCCCGAACGACGCGGUUGGCGACGCGGGCGGGAAGCUCCUCAUCUCCAACAUCACGGACAUGAAGAGCACGCUGGCAUCUAAUGGUUUCGGGAGCAUCCCCGUUGGCACCGCUGACGCUGGGGCAUACUUCAACGACCAGGUCCUCCAGUCCGUUGACUUUGCGAUGUCGAAUAUCCACCCAUGGUUCGCGAACGUGUCCAUCGAGCAGUCCGCAGGGUGGACAUAUGAGUUCUUCGAACAGCAGAACGUUGCCAUCACGGCAAGCUAUGCGAACAACCCCAAAUGGUAUAUCGGCGAGACCGGCUGGCCAUCUAACUCGACUAACAUCCAAAACGAGAGUAACGGUCCUUCAAACGCGUCCGUUGCGAACCUCCAGUACUUCAUGGACACAUUCGUGUGCGAGUCGAACCAGAACGGCACUGGGUACUUUUACUUCGAGUUCAUGGACGAGACGUGGCAAGCCCUUGAGUUCGGCGGUGUUGAGGGUUCUUGGGGCCUGUUCUACCCAAAUAAAACCCUCAAGCCGCUCACCAUCCCCACCUGCACGGUGUCAUAA